GCGACUUAUUUGAAGGGUGUAGGAUUGAAACCAACCCCACAACCCCAUAUUAUUUAAGCAGCCCCACGGGUCUCCAUAAUCACUGUUUACAUUCGUAACUGACAAUAGAAGCAACUACGUUAUGGGGUUCCAUAUCAUUGAAGAUCGUCCAACGCCACCAGCAGUGUACAACUGGCGGGUAUACAUGAUGGGAUGCUGCAUUGCUUUCGGUGCUCUGACAUUCGGAUAUGAUGCCGCUUUUAUUGGGACCACUAUCACGAGGCCCGGCUUUACAGCUGCAUUUGGGAUAGAUGAAAUGUCAGCCUCGGAGAAGAUCAACAAUUCUGCCAACUUGACUAGUUCAUUUACCGCUGCUUGUUUCUUUGGAGCGGUUUUUGCUUGGCCUAUGAUGGAGGCUUGGGGACGACGACCGGCCUUACAAGUGUCCGCGGCUAUAUUCAACAUCGGAGCCAUUGUAAUGACUGCCGCCACUCAUCAGCUUUCCAUGAUAUAUGCUGGACGAGUUUUGACUGGCCUUGGCGUUGGCAUUAUUACUGCCGUUGUUCCCUCCUUCCUCGCGGAACUGUCGCCCCCUCCUAUUCGAGGUGUCUUGACGGGUCUUUUUGAGAUUGCGUAUCAAAUUGGUAAUCUGGUCGGAUUCUGGAUCAACUAUGGCGUUACGCAUACCAUCGAUCUUAAUUCUAGUAACUCCUAUCGGAUUCCCAUUGCUGUGCAGCUCAUCCCUGGUGGGCUGUUCGCAAUUGGCUGCAUGUUCUUCAAAGAGUCACCUAUGCUUUUGAUCAAACGUGGCAGAGAAGCGGAGGCAAUUGCAAAUCUUGAAUGGCUAAGAAUGCUGCCUGGUGAUCAUUUGUAUAUCCAAGAAGAGCUCAGAAUGAUUCACACACGAAUUGAAGAGGAGAACAAAGUAGCUGGGGGAGAAGGAAAGGGUAUCAAAAAUUACUUCGUGGGCUGCAUACGGGAAAUGAAGGUCCCUUCAAUCCGCCAUCGUUUUGCCCUCGUCCUAGGUAUGAUGUUCCUUCAAAACUUCUCAGGAGCCAUCACCAUCAAUUACUAUUCCCCUAGCAUAUUCAAAGCCAUCGGUCUUACGGACGUUACCCUUUGGACUGGUAUCUAUGGUGUUUUCAAGGCCAGCGGUGCCAUUCUCUUCUUCAUGUUCGGUAUUGACAGAUUCGGUCGUCGAAACCCUUGGAUGCUCUCUGCAGCCUGUUGUGGUCUAUGUCUCAUCUAUCUAGGCGCAUACAUCAAGGUUGGUCAUCCGGGUACUGCCGAAGUCCUUUCCGAAUCGACCAAGAAAGGCGGAAAUGCCGCCACAGCCAUCAUCAUGCUCUAUGCUCUCUUCUGGUCUUUCGGUGGUAACGGAUUGCCUUGGAUCGUAUCUGCUGAGAUCUUCCCUGUGAGAUUAAGAUCUUUGGCAGGUUCUUGGGCCGGUGUCAACCAAUGGUUAGCUUCAUUCGCUGCGACUCAAGCGUUUCCCAAGAUGUUGUCAAAGAUGGAUUGGGGAGUCUUCAUCUUCUUUGCUGGUAUAUGUGCAGCAACUGUCAUCUUCACCUUCAUCUGGAUCCCGGAAACCAAAGGUAUCCCAAUCGAAUCUAUGGAUUUACUUUUCGGUGGACCAACGAGGCAUAUGCAAUGGCGACAAAAGAGAGCCUACCCUCCUGACGGUGUCCCUGCUCUUACUAUCGAUUUGCCGCACCAUGUUGAGACUCCAUAUGAUGGGAAGAAGGAAGCCGAUGAUUUCAUUGAGCACAAUUCAGUUUGAGGAUCGAUUGGGCACGCAGACAAAUGAAAGCUUAUUGGAGAGGGUUCGUUUAUCCAAGAAUGAUAGCCGCAUAGCGGGGGAUUUCAAAUCGCACUAUCUAUAGCUUACAAUAUAAUCAAAUCGGUUUCUUUCCUUCCUGGAUGUAUAUAUACUUUUU